AUGAAACAGAAACAAUCCGAGGAUGCGACGACAGAGAAGAAGAAGGAUGCUGCUAAGGCGCUCGACUCGCUCCUGCUCAUGGACGAAGUGUGGGACGACAGUGACCUUGGCUCAGCAAAGGAAUGGCCAGAGACUCUGCAGUCGCUUGCGCCAUUCAUCUUCACCCUCUCACACCCAGCCGCCAUCUUCUGGGGCGACGACCUCGCCAUGAUAUACAAUGAAGCCUGGGAAGCAACAUCACACAGCGCUUUGAAACAAGGCAGACCGCCGAACGACGCCUUCAGUAAACACACGUUAGAUACCCUUCGCGACUAUUUCCAAGGCCGCAUAUCUCGACCUAUCUCCGCAUCCGAACUGUCCGAAAACCAUGCCAAAAACACUGAGAAAUCACCUGUCGUCUGCAGUCCGAUACACGAUAAUGCGAAGAUCGCAGGCGUCCUGGUACAAAUAUUCAGCAAAACGCACACGAAUAGUGAAGCCGCCAGAGGGGAGACCUCCGAGAAGGACCAAGGCCAGAAAGGAUCAUCUGACCAAGAUAUGAACAACUAUGUCAACCAUGAGGAGACCGCUUUGGACCGUCAACCAUUCUUUCAGAAGUUUGCAGAGAUGCUACCAACUGGUCUUGCUAUUCUCAAUCACAAGGCAGAUCCGCUAUUUGUCAACCACCAAUUUCAUGACCUUACCGCACAUCGUGGUCCAGAUCAGUCUUUUAGAAUGUGGCCUGAGACUAUUCAUCCAGACGACUACGAGAGAGUCAUGGCUGAGUACCACAAGGCUUUCGAUUCACAGACGGACCUGGAAACUGAAUUUAGGGCUUUUGGCGAGAACCAAUGGAGGCUGUUCCUAAUGCGACCACUCGGAAAGAACAAUCUUCAGCAGUUUGAUCUGCGACAAUUCGGUGGAUACAUUUGUGCUCUUAUUGAUGUAUCCGACAUGAAGAAUGCCGAGCUCGCCCAGACCAGAGUUGCAAAGGAAGCUCGCGAAAGGAAACAGCAGCAAGAACGUUUCAUCGAUAUGAUCUCCCACGAGAUCAGAAACCCGCUGUCUGCUGUCUUACACUGUGCCGAGAAUAUACUGGAUGCUGUGCAGGACGGCCAAGCAGUAUCUGACAAUAUCGCAGUAGACGAGAUUGUAGAUGCUGUCCACACCAUCCAACUUUGCGUAGACCAUCAAAAAACCCUUGUAGACGACGUGCUCAGCUUUUCGAAACUCGAUGCCUCGAUGCUUUCGCUUGCUCCUCGCGUGGACUGGGUCAUGGCGGAUCUUGUAAGAAUCAGUCAAGUGAUUGUCAACCUUAUGACCAAUGCCAUCAAAUUCACGACCAAGUCUGAGCGCCAANAGAAGAUCGACAUCGAAGUCGCCGCUUCGUUAGAGAGACCAGCAUCAUAUCCACCCAACGUCGUUUUCUUCAAGACAGACGAAGUUGGCCUUAAGACUGACGCAACAGGCAACCCUGAGUGGGGCGAUGGAGAGCCUCUGUAUAUCAUGGUUGCGGUCAAAGACACUGGUAUCGGCAUCAGCAAAGAGAACCAAGCCAAGCUGUUUGAACGAUUCCAACAAGCUACACCGAAGACGGGGCAGAUGUAUGGUGGUUCUGGACUUGGCCUCAACAUUGCCCGGAAAAUGUGCCAGCUGCACGGUGGAGAAAUUGGAGUUAGCUCGGUUGACGGUGAAGGGUCGACCUUUGGCUUCUUCUUCCGGGUCAGACGAGGUGGCGAACCAGAAGAUGCCGACAAGCUGGAACCGAAUGAGCUAUCCGAAAGACUCAAAAAAUCCGGACAUGUGGAUUCGACAGAAGUCGAUGAAAACAAGGUGCCGGACGACUUGAAGAACAUAUCCAAGGAGAAUACUGGUACAAACAGCGAGAACCCGCCAAAGGAUCGAUGGCAACACACAGCCGACAUGGCAGAUCAGUUGGGCGAAAAGCACAAAAACUGCGAGUCAGCAUGCGACCAAGACGAAACAUCACAUUCCAGAGCCAUAGAUGACGAAUCUCAACGGCAANAGAAGAGACCAGCGAACGCAGGACGAGGUUCACAACGACCAGACCCGACGUUUGAGCAAGUGAAAUUUGCUCAUCCUGAAAACAGUGACAAGAAAGACGGCCAGGGAGACCGAGAAAGCGAGAAAGAAAUGGCAAAGCAAACUGAGGAAAAACCUGGCAAAUCUGCGACACAGAUCUCGAACCCGCAAAGCAACUCAAAGCCUACCAUACUCUUCGUCGAGGUAAGUGCUGUCGCCACGGUGACAUAUCGAUUACUGACACAAUUGUUUAGGNAUAACCUCAUCAACCAGAAACUUCUGAAGAAGAAGAUUGAAUCUAAGGGCUUCAAUGUCACGACUGCAGAUAAUGGCAAGGAGGCCCUAGACAUGAUCACAGCCCGUUCAUCCGAACACAAGCCUCCGUUCGAUUGCGUACUCAUGGACCAGGAGAUGCCCGUCAUGGAUGGUAAAACUGCUUCACGGGAGAUCAGGGNNAAGUUCGAAGGGGACAAUAAUUUGCCGGCUGUCAACAUUAUUGGUGUGACAGCUAAUGUGAGGCAAGAACAACAAAGCGAAAUGACGGAUGCUGGUAUGAAUGAUGUUAUUGCGAAGCCUUUCAAGAUGGAGGAGUUGUUAGAGAAGGUCAGGAGAGGCAGCAAAUAG